AUGGCCUCUCUUGUCGCUAUCCUCGACGUCAAGGGCAAAUCGCUUAUCCAAAGAUCAUACAAAGAUGACGUCCCACCAUCAUACAUUGAGCGAUUCCUGCCGUUGAUAUUGGACAUGGAAGAGGAGAAUGUGCCAGUUGUGCCUUGUUUCAGCGAUGAGGGAGUGAAUUAUAUGCACAUAAGGCAUAACAACCUCUACUUAUUGGCAUUGUCAAAGAGAAAUAGCAACGCCGCCGAGGUCAUCUUCUUCCUUCACCGACUUUGUUCUGUCCUUACAGAGUAUUUCAAAGAGUUGGAAGAAGAAUCUAUCCGUGACAACUUUGUCAUCAUCUAUGAGCUUUUGGACGAAAUGAUGGACUUUGGUUACCCUCAAACCACAGAGAGCAAGAUCCUGCAAGAGUAUAUCACGCAAGAAUCACACAAGCUCGAGGUGCAGGUCCGACCUCCUAUGGCGGUCACGAACGCAGUGUCAUGGCGAUCUGAAGGCAUCAGAUACCGGAAGAAUGAAGUGUUUUUGGAUGUUGUUGAGAGCGUCAAUCUGCUCGUGAAUGCCAGCGGGAGCGUCAUCCGAUCCGAAAUCCUCGGUGCCGUCAAGAUGAAGUGCUACCUCUCCGGCAUGCCAGAACUCCGUCUAGGCCUCAACGACAAGGCCAUGUUUGAGACUACCGGCCGCUCCGCCCGCGGAAAGUCUAUCGAGAUGGAAGACGUCAAGUUCCACCAAUGUGUACGGUUGUCGAGAUUCGAGAAUGACAGGACCAUCUCGUUCAUCCCGCCCGAUGGCGAGUUUGAGUUGAUGUCGUAUAGGCUGUCGACGCCUGUGAAGCCACUGGUGUUUGUUGAGGCUAGUGUGGAGAGCCAUAAGGGGAGUCGGGUGGAGUAUAUUGUCAAGGUGAAGGGACAGUUCAAGAGGAAGAGUACGGCAAAUAAUGUAGAGAUCUAUGUGCCGGUGCCGGACGAUGCGGACAGCCCGAAAUUCAGGGCAUCGGUGGGCUCGGUGGUGUAUGCACCCGAAAAGUCGGCGUUCGUGUGGAAGAUCAAGCAGCUCGGGGGUGGACGAGAUUACCUCAUGCGAGCGCACUUUGGAUUGCCAAGCGUCAGAAAUGAGGAAAUCGACAAGCGCGCCCCCAUCUCGGUCAAAUUCGAUAUUCCAUACUUUACUGUCUCGGGUAUACAAGUGCGGUACCUCAAGAUUGUCGAAAAGUCUGGGUACAAGGCUCUUCCAUGGGUCAGAUAUAUUACGCAGAACGGAGACGAUUAUGUCCUCAGGACAAUCACCGACGCAAAGCCUGCACCUUUAACGGGUGUUUGA